AUGGCAUGCGUUGUUGCACUCCUCCUUGCGUCAGCGAAAAUACAGACGUCGAAUCGCAUGGUACUGGUGACUGAUAAGCAAUCAGACUACAGCUAUACAGUCAUAACUCACAUCAAUACACUUUUACCAGCACCUGAAAAAAUAUAUAUGAGCUCAUUGCCGAUCAAAUAUUCCAGCACGACCAGCGCUGUUUAUUGCUCAACAGUGUUGAAUAGUGAAGAUAUAGUUAGAAGUAUCAGUAACAGUGCAAAAGAUUCAAAAGAGGUCAAAGAUCAAGAAAAUAACGACGAUGAACUAGAAUCCAACGGAAUGAAGUGUUUCGAAAAUAUCAAAGCCAUUGCAAAGAGAAAGUGGAUUAGACCAGUCUACUCGUCAGAACUAGAUAAAUCACUUUGCCAAACAAAAACUCUCAUCGAUCUAUUCUAUAAGGGUGUAGUAUUACCUCCUAAAAAAUACAAAAAAUUUUUCCCGGAAAAUGGUAAAGGUGCGACUAGGCGCAUUGUUAUUAAUGAGAAGAUACAUAUUGGUGAAUUAGUACAGGAUGGCAAAAUUUAUCAGCACUCAGAAUGGAAUACAAAUUUAUCAGUACUUGCCUGGUACCGGGGUAAUCUGCAUAUCUUUAAAAUUGGAAAACAUGGCUGGUAUCCUCUUACCAAAAUAGGGAACGAGGCACUAAACGGACCGAUGAUCUAUCUAUUUAUGCUUGGAACUGAUAAAGGACCAUGGAACUCCAAAAAAUUUCGAUUUGAUGAAGUCUUGAGUGGUUUGAAAGUUUUGGCUGAAGGCACACAGGUAAAUAGUUUCCACAAUCAUUUGAUGUUCCCUUAUAUUCCACUAUCGCCACAAGUCAAGAUGAAUUUGGCAAAACUCAACGCUAUUUCUCCUGUGGGCACAAUUAGCACUAGGUAA